AUGUACAAAAUCCAUCGUGAUGGCGAGAAAGAGGGUCUUAAAGCCGAAAAAGUAACCGUGGUACAAAUGGAUGACAGUGAAGAAACGCGGCGAUUAGAGCGAAGGAAACGAACACAGGAGGAUAUGGUGGCGGAUUUUGUAAAGAUUCUCGAACAAAUGAUGAAUCCACGUCAAGCUGUCACAUCCUUCAUAUCUGCCGCCACUGGUCUAGCCGCAGUAGGCGCUGGAACCAUAUACUUGUAUCGCCUACCUGAUACGGCAAUCCAUGCAAAAAAACUUGUCGUCGUUUUAAUAAUAUACGGUGUUCUACAGAUGUUAUUAGCCACUGCAUAUUUUGUCACUUGUAUGCAGACAACUAUCGCCGUCUCCAAAGGAGUCAAGGAUGCUUUCCAAAUUGUGGUCGGUUUGUUGGUGGCACUUGUAUAUGUUGCUAUAUCAUUGGUCUCUAUGGUUGUUGGAGUGUACGGUUUCUAUAAAGCGGUGGCUUUGGUGAGUUCGGUCGACUACUUGGAUAUCACAUCUCUGACGUACUGUCCUCAAAUCCUUUUCUACACAUCGCUCGUUGUUUUCAUCUUACACAUAGUUCUAAUUGCCACAAAAUGUUGCUGUUGUAAAUAA